UUUCAAGGAUUAUUUAACACGGUAUGAUUAUUUUGAUUACAUAAAUGCCACGGAACGGCUAAAGAAAAAGCUACUAUGGCUGAAAAGAUAAGAAGCCAGUGCUGUUAUUUAUUUCGAAGAUUAUAUUAAAAAGCUGAAACGUCUGACAGUUCAAUUUUGGCGCGCGCGCACCUUUUGGUUCCCAUUUGGUUUUUAGCUGUCGCUGUUUAUAGACGAGGAGCUUUAAAAAUAUUUUUACAUCGAUAACUCGAAGAUAAUUUCGGAUCUGUUUUUAAUAAUGGGAAAAAUAAUAAUAAAUUUUAUCCUCUUCAUAUUUAUCGGCGGUUGCUCGGCUAACUUUAUGAGACUGCCGCUGUUCCGGUUCCCCAGCAUGCGGCGGCUCAUGCACGAGGCGGGGCUGGAGCUGGGCCUGCUCAACGCGCGCGCCGACGACCUCACGCCCGUCCGCCUCUCCAACUACCUCGAUGCGCAAUACUACGGGCCCAUCACGAUCGGCUCGCCGCCGCAGACGUUCCGAGUGCUGUUCGACACCGGCUCGUCCGACCUGUGGGUGCCGUCCAAGAAAUGCCACUACUCCAACCUUGCCUGCCUUCUGCACAGGAAGUACGACAGCAAGAAGUCGCACACGCACCGCUCCAACGGCUCGGAGUUCGCCAUCCACUACGGCUCCGGCAGCCUCUCCGGCUUCCUGUCCACCGACGACGUCACCGUGCAGGGUCUGCGCGUGGCGCGGCAGACGUUCGCGGAGGCGCUGCGCCAGCCGUCCGUGGCCUUCGUCUCCGCCAAGUUCGACGGCAUCCUCGGCAUGGCCUUCGCCAGCUUGUCCAUGAACGGCUUGACGCCCGUGUUCGAAAAUAUGGUGAACCAGGACCUGGUCAAACCUGUGUUCUCUUUCUAUCUCAACAGGGACCAAACCGCGAAAGAGGGCGGAGAGCUCAUCCUGGGCGGCUCGGACCCGGCGCGCUUCCGCGGCCCCAUGCACUACGUGCCGCUGUCGCGCGCCUACUACUGGCAGCUGGCCGUGGACGCCAUCCGCGUCGGGCACCACGCCUUCUGCGUCGACGGCUGCCAGGCGAUCGUGGACACGGGCACGUCGCUGGUGAGCGGGCCGGCGGAGGAGGUGGCGCGGCUGCAGGCGGCGCUGGGCGCGCGGCGCGCCGGCCGCAGCCACUACGAGCUGGACUGCGGCGCCCUGCGCGCGCUGCCGCCCGUCACCCUCACGCUCGCCGGCCGCCGCUUCACGCUGGAGCCCAAGGACUACGUCAUCGUGAUGGACGGCCGGUCCGAUGAGCCCACGUGCCUGUCGGGCUUCAUGGGGCUGGACGUCCCGCCGCCCAACGGGCCGCUGUGGAUCCUGGGCGACGUGUUCAUCGGCAAGUACUACACCGAGUUCGAUUUUGGCAACAAGCGCAUCGGAUUUGCCCCCGCCGUCACCGGCGGCUCCGAAGAAGAGACAGACAACACGGAGGACGAAUCACAAGAAACGGAUCAAGACUCUUCAACGAGUGAAGAAAUAUAGGCUUUUCAUUACAUAUAA